AUGGGUGGCCCCCACCCGCCCUUGCCGCCGACCAUUGAGGGUCAAACCUAUUGCCUGCGCUGGAAUAAUCACAAAUCAAACCUAGUCGAGAUUCUAGAUGCCCUCAUAAAAGUCGAGAGCUAUGUUGACUGUACAAUUGUCGUCGAUGAACAAGUGCAAUUCAAAGCACACAGAGUAGUUCUGGCCGCCAAUUCGCCAUAUUUCCAGGCAAUUCUACAGGAUGUGCCCAUGGAUCACUGCAGCAUUAUUUUUCCGGGUGUUAAGGCAUUCGAAAUGCGCGCACUCCUCGAUUACAUGUACACUGGAGAAGUGAAUGUAACACAGAGUCAAAUACCCUCAAUAAUGCGUAUUGCCGAAGAGUUGGAGGUGAAGGGUCUUUUCGACAUGGCCGAUCUUAAAGAAAAGUUCAACAGACUAAGUGAAGAACAUGCGGAACGGUCUAGUCAUGGUUAUCCAUAUACGGCUGGCAGCGCGUCGGCCCUCACAGCGCCUUAUGCCAUCGCUGCUAGUUCAUCCUCCGCACAGGGUAUACCAACAGGCGUGCACAACGGUGCUAAGGAUCAUGGCAUCGAUUUGCCUUUACCAACCCAACAUAAUUCCUCAUCCGUGAUCUCAACAUCUUCAAACAUAUCGCCAUCCGCUGCAGCUUCUAGUACCUCAUCCCCACCUUAUACCAACUACAAGUCCCCAUACUCUAAUCUGUAUACCAAGUCCCCUGGUCCCCCCAAUUGUGGUGGAUCGGCUAGCGCUGGUAGCGCAGGGCAAACUAAUUCCGCAAAUACUCCACAGACACCCACUCAUUUACAAUCACAGUCAUCCAAUGCAGAGCACGGCCAAUGGCCCUUAUCGCCAUCAGCAGCAGUCAGUAUGUUGGGCUCUGUCUACGAUUCUGUUCCCGACAAUCCUCUCAAACGUAAAAAGCUCUCAUCGAUGACGUCAAUGCUAAUGAAUCGUGACACGCCAAUUUUACGCAACGUCUUGGCUCAAGCCAAUCCCGCCGACUCAUCCCAGCCAAUGGCAUUCUCAUUGCCAGGAGCCAGCAAAACGGAUAAGUCAAAUAUCGAUAAAAACUCUUCAAAUACCGGAACAAUGCCAGGGCCCAAUAAUAAUCACGGACAACACUUUAACGGCGUCGACUAUAGCGGUGAUAAGAAAUAUCAUGAUGAACCACACUCACCUUAUACCGACAGAUCAUUCGAAGACGAUGGUUAUGAUGCAAAGGGCAGCUACAGUGGUGGCUUUAGUUCCAACGCGAAUCAGAAACCAGAAUGGAAACGCUAUAAACAAUACACGCGUAGCGACAUCAUGUCAGCUAUUCAAUGUGUGCGAGAAGGUAUGAGUGCGCUUCAAGCUUCUCGUAAGUUCGGAGUUCCGUCGCGCACACUGUACGACAAAGUCAAAAAGUUAGGAAUCACCACGGGACGACCGAUGAAUCGCACCAUGAAACGUAGCCCUAGCAAUGUAGACUCAUCGGCUGCUUUCGCUUACCCGCACGGUUAUGGCGCCGAACCAUUGCUUUCAUCGAUACAUGACGGGCACAACGACGAGCGCGAACCGAAAGAUCACCAUCGCUCUGAACACCAUCAUAUUGCACCUCAGCUGCCGCAUUCAUUACUGGAUCACGCAUUGUUACAGCAGGCACUGGAGAGUCGAGGUGGAGACAUAGCCGGCCGAGGCGCACUGUUGCUAGCGGCGGCGGCGCAUGCUGCUGCCAAUCGUAUCACAACCAGCCCUGGUCCCAAUGGGCCAACUGCGGUGCGCUCUCCAAGUCCUCCUAAUUACGGAAGAAAAUACGGGCGUAUGAGAGAGCAAGACUUUUCACUGGAUCGUGAACGUGGCAGGGAUCGUGAUGGUGGUUCGGAAAACGAACGUCGUAUGCUGGAAAGCGAUAUGGAACAUGGGCGUGAACUAUCAAUGGAAAGCGCACGUGAAAGAGAGUAUGAACGAGAGCAUGAGAGAGAUCAAGAAUGUGAGAGGAAGCGUCUGCACGAAUAUGAACGUGCGCAUGAGCGAGACCUAGAGCCCGAGCGCAAGCGUGAAAACCGACGACACUCCCAUGAAGAUGUGGAAAGUGCUGGCCACGUUGAAGAUCUGUCUGUAUCACGGAAGCGAUGCCUUUCCCCACGACUUGACCCUACAGAGCGGCGCGCGCGUUCACCGUCGUACUCGCCACCACCGCCACCACCUCCAACACUUUCUGGAUCAGCUAUCCAAUCGGCAGUCGAAUGCGGCACCGGAGUUAUAAAACUCGCCACCGCAGCAGCAGUGGCACUAGCACCUGCCGCCACUAGCCCGGUCGAGGACAGAAGUCGAAGCUCAAGCCGAAACAGUAACGGCUUAACGAUCGCUGACAAUGACAUCAUCGAUGACUACAACAACGAAUCAGCCUCCGCGCUAGAAGCAGCAACAACAAUGACAACGAUAAAGCGCGAAAUCGUGAACAUGGACGAUGGUCGCACCGACUGA